AUGUCGGCAUUGCUUAUACAGCUCCAAACCAUUCUAAAAUCGUGGGACGAUAUUCAGUCAUUAUCAAAUGAACAUUCCAAAACGGAGGACCCUUUUUUCGAAACCUCUUCUGCUAUUGGUAAUUUUGUGUCUUUUGAAAAGGAUCCCCUUCAUGAUGAUACACACAUUGGCGAUAGUAUAAUUGACGAGAUGCAUCCUCAGUCAUCACCUGUAUCUUUGCCAAUGUCAAUAAAAAUUUCCGAAUUAAUCGAAAAAGGUGGCACUUCUUUUUCGUCAUAUCACAAUAAUCGCCAAGUCUUGUGUAGGCUGGAGCUGGCCCGCGCUGCGCUGGCUCUUUUUGCCUCUAAUGCUGGUGCGUAUCGUCCCAUUCUCACUCAUCUUCUCCGGUAUGUUUUUGAAUGCAUCGACUUUCUUAUUAAUAAUCAGGCCCUACUUACACACCCAAGCCCCAGUGAUGAUACCAGUGCGGCCGCAAAAGGUACUCUUUCUAGUGCAUGUGGUCUUGGGGUUGACAUCAGCAAAGCGGAAGAUGUAGUGGCAAGCGCCCAUCAGAAAGUCCAGCUCGUGGAAUCCCGGAUGUCCGCAUUGAUCGAGGAGUCUACCGCUCAACGGGAUCGGUUUAAGGCUCAACUGUUGGCGCAGCAGCAAACGCAAACCAAACUAGAACUCUUACUCCAGAAUCAAAUUGAGUUGAACCACUUGCUCACUAACCACCCCCUGGGGCAUCAUGAUAGGGGGGAGCCCAUGCUUGAUCCUACCGGAGCCGCCAACAUGAACCAUCGGCAGGCAAUCUAUGCUCAGCAGCUUAUCGCACGCGCGGAAAAGGAAUCCACCAUCAUGGAGCUUGACACCCGGGUAGAGCAGCUAACUCUUGAGCGUGAUAACUUACAAGGAAAAUUGCUGAGCCUUAAGAAGCUCAACACUAACUAUGCUCGUCAGGCAAUUGAGUUGUCCGCACGGCUUAACAUUCUACGGAAUCACAACAUCGCACUGUCUUCCGAUGCCGUACUCUAUCAGCACGACAAAACACGUGAGAGACAAAAGUCUCUGAAAUUACAGACAGACUUAAUGGUUGCACGCAAUAUGAUUCUGGUUCUGCUUGAGGUUAGACGACAUGAUAUGUUUUUCAGGUUCUCUAAUCCCAUUGCUAACUCCAAUAUAACAAAAACGGAUAAGAAUGUAGAGGCCUUGGGUAAUAAGGGUAGCAUAGAGGGUGCCCUUCCACCGAGCAGAAAUGACAUACUUGAUGCAUGUACGCAAUUAUACACCUCUUCCGAAAGCCCUUUAAAUGGAGGCCGUCGUCGAAAGGAUGAUAUGAGUUUAACUUCAGACUCUGUUAACCUCAAAAGUACGCUUCACGCGAAUUUGGAUGUUCCGAUGUGCACCACAGAGGAUCUCUUUGCCUCUGUUCAAGACAACAUGCUGCGUAAGCAGCUUCAGGAUAUCAUGCUCAUUAACGAUACCUCUAAUGGUGGGGCAGCUAAAGGUGCUCUUCUCAAGCUGCUUAAUUUACAGUGGGGUGGUCGUACUGGAAGCGAUAAAUCACCUUCACACAGUCAAGUCCCCAUGCUCAAGGAUGCCCGAUUUCAUUGUUGGGUCCCACCGUAUGGAUUGAACUGUAAUGUACCGCUCCACCUUUGCAGUCGUGAUUGCGUGAUGUUGAUACCUUUUCAUCCACUUGUUGCUGAAUGCUUUGUUCAUGAGUUACUCUCACAGAGGCUUGAGUUUUUUGAGUUCUAUGUACGAGCCCCACUGACUCUGAAUUCUGAUUCGAAGGGGAAGCAUUUAACUUCGUCUGAUAAUGCGGCACAGAAUAGUGACCUUGAAGAAGUUGUAUUGCCUGCCAAAGAGUCGGAUAAAUGCAAUUUUUAUUUUCCUACCACAAACCCCAUGUUGCUUCCACUUGAUGAAUUCAUUGUGUUGUUUAUUAGUAUGGUGUGGCUAAAUAAAAAUGCUGUGACCGUACCAGAAGCAACACACCCACAGGAUAUCAUUGAGAAGGAUAAUCCAACUUCGUCUAUUUUGAACCAAAGGAUGGGAAAGUCCGUAACCAUCGAUGCCUCUUCAAAAGCAAUUCAGUUUUUUCACCAGUACAGCUCCUUCCAUGGAUUUCAGGCGGCAUCGGAGCAUACCGUCUUUGAAAAGCAGUCACAGCUGACGGUCGAGGGCCUCAAACUAGCAUAUGGACUGGACGUGGUCUCGCGGCGGCAGGACUGUAGUUUUUUAACUUACGCCUACGGUCUUGUGUCUCGCCGGGAGAUUUCAGAAAUUAUCUUUGCCGUAAUGCGCCAUGAGCGCGAUGUUUUUUUGAUGCUAUGCGAAACCGUUGAGAGGGAGCAUUUAUCGAGAAGAGGGACCACACACCCGGCAAAACACGGUUCUAUUAAGGAACCGCAUCAUAAACCUAGUCUAAGCGAUCCUCCUAUGAUUGAUCCCAACUUGGCGUCUUCCAACGGCGCAAUGGCUUCUGAUACCCAAUCCUCAAUCCAGGCCAUACCACAUCUUGUAGGCUGUAUCCCUACUCUACAGCUGGCGCGAAUUUUAAUUAGCAUAUUUCCCUCUUACCCCAUUUCUCGAAUUGAGGAGAUGGUGAUGGCAGGAAUUGAGGAUGGUGCGGACCUCGUCCAGGCUCCCCACAUGUUGUAUUAUAAUGUACUUCUUCCCGAGAGGCUUCUUCCUGGAUCGGUGGUGAAGAGGACUGAGAUGGAGCUGUCGGUGUUCUUGAGCGAGGGUCGCUUUGCCACCAUGUUUUAUAAAUCUAUUUGCGAUGAUGCAUUGGAGUCCAUGCAGCUACUGGAUGAUACCUUGCAGAAAUUUGGGGCUACUUUAGCCAUUCAGAAGCGGCAGAUGGGGUUGAUAGACACCCUUCGGAAUUCUACGAAUUUUUACAGCCCCGAUAUCCUUGUAUCUGCUGAGCAGCUGACAGUAUUUGCGCUGAAAAAGCUUCCAGCUGCGGAAGGACGGCGGUGGGGUCCAGCGCUUACGAGUGUGUUCACGCGGUGUCCGCUUUUACAUCCGGCAUUGUUGGCUUCACGAGCGAGCCCAAUUCUUGAGAACGAAACACAUGACACUGAAAGUGAGAUACCCAUGGUCCCGACAUCACAAUCAGCACAUUCAGGGCACGAAGUAUUCUCUAAUCCAUCUGCCUUACCAAUCAAGAACUCUAUUGCAAAUCUAAACGCUUUCAGAGGUGAAACGGGUAGCGUUAAAUUGUCUGAGAUUAUGAUUUACCUAAGAUGCCACAUUGUUCUACGCCGCGGUUUGUAUUCAAAGUAUGUGGAAGCUGUUCAGCCAGCUCAAGUUUCGCAGGGAACUUCCAUCCAGGACGGGACAUUUCAACCUGUGUGGACGGAAGCCCAUCUCGAGUACCUUAAAACUCUGCAAGAUAUAUGGGAGCAUAAUGUACUCAAGGACGAGUCUGUAUUGGUGACGGAUGCGGAGUUCUUCUGGAAACUCCUUUUGGAGGUGGAUCCCUAUCGAGCUCGAGUAUGGACUACGGCUGAUAUCUCGCACGGAAGCCCGUUAUUGCGUCAUGAAGGGAUUCUUCGGAGCGACAGAAACAACGCUGAUUAA